AGUCUUUUGAUAUCGAGCAACAGGAUUCGCUUUCCUCUUCUGUGUCACAAUGGGCAAGAAGCGUCUCGGAGAGAUUCAGCGCAGUGAGGACUUCUGCAUUCCCACGGGGGAUAAGGAGGCGAACAGCGUCCUCCCCGCCGAGGAAUGGCCUCUGCUGCUGAAGAACUACGACAAGAUGAAUGUGCGUUCCACGCACUUUGCCCUUCUAGAGAGCGGCUGGUCUCCACUGCGUCGUCCUUUAGCUGAGUACAUCAAGUACGGUAUGAUUAACAUGGAUAAGCCGUCCAACCCUAGCUCUCACGAGGUUGUCUCCUGGAUCAAGCGCAUCCUGAAGUGCGACAAGACUGGCCACGCCGGUACACUUGACCCCAAGGUCACCGGUGCUCUGAUCAUCUGCACCGACCGUGCUACUCGCCUUGUGAAGUCCCAGCAGAAUGCCGGGAAGACCUACAUCGGUGUGCUGCGCCUGCACGACACGGUGAGUCAAAAGAAGGUAGACGCCGCCUUGCAGCGGCUGACGGGUCCGUGCUUCCAGCGCCCGCCUCUGAUUGCCGCAGUCAAGCGUCAGCUGCGAAUCCGCAACAUCUACUCCAACCAGCUGAUCGAGUACGACAAACACCGCCAUCUGGCUGUGUUCGAGACGCAUUGCGAAGCCGGUACCUACAUCCGUACCCUCUGCGUGCACCUUGGUCUGAUUCUCGGCGCCGGUGGCCACAUGGAGGAGUUGCGCCGCAUCCGCACCGGCGUCAUCACCGAGGACGAUCACCUUUCGACGAUGCACGACGUCAUGGACGCGCAGUGGCUGUACGAAAACGAGAAGGACGACUCCUACCUCCGCCGCGUCAUCCUGCCGUGCGAGUACCUGUUAUCCAACCACAAGCGCAUCGUCGUGAAGGACUCCGCCGUGAACGCGGUGUGCUACGGUGCCAAGUUGAUGAUUCCCGGUCUCGCCCGCUUCGACAACGGCAUCGAGCGGGACGACUUGGUGGUGCUCAUCACCACGAAAGGCGAGGCCAUUGCUCUCGCGUACGCGGAGAUGACGACGUCGCAGAUGGCCUCCGUGGACCACGGUAUUGUGGCGCGCAGCAAACGUGUGAUUAUGGACCGCGACACUUACCCGCGCCGCUGGGGUCUUGGCCCGAUUGCGGUGAAGAAGCGCUCGAUGAUGAAGGACGGCCUUCUGGAUAAGUACGGCCGCCCGCAGUCGAACACGCCGUCGGACUGGUUCUACAUCGACUACGGCGGUGUCAAGACCAACGCCGAGGGCGUCCAGUACGGCCAGGCGCCGUCCAAGACGAGUGGUGUGAAGCGGCAGCGUGUGGCUGACUCCGAUGACGAGUAA